UCGUUAUUGAUCAUUUUGCUAUGAAAAUACAAUAUUCAAACAUAAUGCUCUCAAAACAGAAGCAAUUAAAAUAAACGAAAAGCAUAACUACAAUAAAUCAUGAUUGGUCUGAGCAUUACUUAUUAAAAUGAAAAUUUGCAUGAACUCUGAACUGAACUGAACUACAGUUUCUAAUAAAAAUAGCAAAAGCAAAACAAGAAUUGGAAUAAUAUAAACAAUUUACAAUUUAUAGAUAAUAUAAAUUUUCUGGUAUAUGAUACAAACAAUUGUAUUUUAAUAAAAUUACGAAAUUCCUGUGCUGAUUUUGUUUUUAUAAUCAUCAACUAUUUGAAAUUAAUAUCAGAAGUUACUUUAUUGCGCAAUUCACAAAACUUUCAAUUUCGUUAGGAUUUUUUUUUUUCUUUUUUCAUUAUUCGAUAUGAUUUUAAAGAUAAUAGAAAAAUAUCCAUCUCACUUAUUAAAAGUAUCUUAUCAGAGACAAUUUUGUGCACAAUCCAUCAAGUUUUCCAGUAGGGCAGAUUUUCGUAUGUCUCCAAAUGUUUACCGACAAAAGAAGAUCUACACAGCUGUUGUAAAAAGCAUACAAAAUGCCUCUCCAACAAUAAAAAUAGCCCGCCUUUAUGUGGAGGAAAAAGGGUUUUCUUUUAAAGCAGGGCAAUGGGUGGAUUUCUAUGUGCCUGGUAUUUUAGAAGUCACUGGUUAUAGCAUGACAUCACCUCCGAAUGAAGCAAAAGAAAAGGGCAUUUUAGAACUUUCAGUGAAAUAUGGAAAAUUUCCUCCAACACACUGGCUUCAUAAUUAUUGUUGCCCAGGACAGGAAGUUCAAAUAAGAGUUGGAGGAGACUUUUAUUAUGAUCCGCUCUCAAAUAGGGAUGAAGCUGAAGCCGAUCUUUUACUUAUUGGUGGAGGAGUUGGCAUAAAUCCCUUAGUUUCAAUACUUUAUGAAUACAGAGAUUUACUCUUGGCUUCCCAGUUUCAGUCAGAAAAUUCAAUCCGCCCUGGAAAAGUUCAUUUGUUGUACAGUGCAAAAACUGAAGAAGAGCUGGUAUUUCGGGAUAAAUUCAGCAUAAUAGAGAAAGAACAUCCUACAUUGAUAUGCCAAUAUUUUGUAACAAAACCAAAAGUAAUACCUUCCCCAGGUAUAAUUUAUUCAAGAAUAAAGAAAGAAAAUGUUGCAGAUUCAGUGAAAGAGUUAGAAACAGGUAAAACUUUGUGUUAUAUUUGUGGUCCAUCAACUAUGACUGAUGAUGUUGCUGGCUGGCUUUUAAACUUGGGCAUAAAAAAAGAAAAUAUUAGGUACGAGAAAUGGUGGUAACAUCUGUAUAUUUAGGAAUCAUUGUCAAUUAAAUUAUGUUUUAAUAAGUUAUGUUACAUUUCUUAUUGUAAAUAAAAUGAAUUUACUAUA